AGCCUCAUGACGGGGAGCAUGUUUGCCGGAAGCUAGGGGCAGUAGCAUAGCAUCCUGACACAACUUUUACCGGCCGGUUCGUCCAAAAGCGCUUUAUUAGCGGGCCUUAACCUCAGUGUUUCAUCAAGUUGUUGCAUGCCACGCCGAUCGAACAUGCAUGGCUAAUUCUUGUUUAUCUGCAAGUCAAAUCAUCACUUGCUUGACACUAGCACUAGCACUAGCAUUAGCUCUAUUUAUAAGGGGCCAAGAAGGGGGGCUCUUAGCUUCGCAUUACACACACCAGAGCACUCCACCUGUGAUCUGUGAUCCUCUGCACUGCACCCACACAAAUCCAAGGUCCUACUAGACGCUGAUAGACAGUAGAAGCUAGAAGAACAAAAUAAGCUGACAAACCGGCUGCCUUCUACGUACUCUGUACAGCCGAACAGCGAACAGAGCAGCAGAAAUGGAGCCCGCCGUGGUGCGGCUGCCGCCGCAGUACAUCGUCUUCGACCUCUCCGGCGCGGGCCUCCGAUGCUUCGGUCGUCCACCACCUCCGGCAGCCGAACACGUCGGCGUUCCGUUUGGCACCCAGGCCAUGGGCUUGGAGGCGCUUCACCGGACACGGCUGUCUCGCGCGGACCUCGCGACGACGAGUGUUCACGCGGAGACCAGUGAUCCGGACACCGUGUCUGACGCAGGCACGUCUGGUGUUCAGGUGGCCGAGGAGUCCGACGACGAAGUGGAUAGCUUCGAUGCGUUUCUCCGUCAAGAGACCUUUGCGAGAAAGAUCGAGGCGCUGGCUGAGCUGGUUGGUAUAAAGGGCGCCUACGAACCUGUGGCUGUCCUGGGUGAAGUUGUUAAGGUGAUCCAAUCGAUCGAUACGAAGAGGGAGUGUUCCCUACGAGCCACUGGGGGUGCAUUUGAUAUAGGCCGUGUUUAGUUGGUGAGCUGAAAAAUUUCGCGAUAUUGUAGCACUUUCGUUUGUAUUUGACAGAUAUUGUCCAAUCAUAAACUAACUAGGCUCAAAAGAUUCGUCU